AUGGUCGCCCGAAAACCAUCACCUCGUUUUAUUAAGACCCACUUGCCGAUGUCCCUACUGCCCCCCACAUUGCUAGACUCCACAAAAGUCGUGUACGUGGCACGCGACCCACGCGACGUAGCCGUUUCGUAUUUCCAUCACACGAAGCUGUUUAAGAUGACUCCAUUCAGCGGUGACUUCAAGACCUUCUGGAGUUAUUUCAUGAGAGAUAUGCUACCCUGGUCACCCUUUUUUGAACACGUAAAGGAGGCAUGGCAGAUGCGUAAUCACCCCAACAUGUUAUUUUUAUUCUACGAGGAACUGUCCAAGGAUUUACCUGCUGCCUUGCGAAGAGUUGCAGAUUUUUUUGGAAAGCAAUAUGAUGAUAAACAAAUUGAGGGUCUAUGUACACAUCUGAAAUUCGAUAAUUUCAAGAAAAAUCCCUCGGUGAAUAUGGAUGAGCUAAGGGACGUUGGGAUGAUGGCGAACGACAAUGUAUUCAUUCGGAAAGGAAAAUCAGGAGGCUGGCCGGAAUACUUUGACGAAGAUAUGACUAAGAAGGCCGAGCGCUGGAUUUCCGAGAACUUGCGCGAUACCGACUUACGUUUUCCUUCAAUA